AUGGCGGCCGACGACUUCGACGGCGAUCAAAGAUCUCAUCACACCGACGAAAGCAUAAUAAAUCGGAAAAGGGAAUUGAAGGGCCUAUCCAGCAGCUUCUCAUCCAACAUCGGUCAACGGAUCUCACCCACCCAUCUCCCAAGCAGCUCUGGCAAGUCAAAGAACGACGGCCGCUCCGUCAAGUCGAUCGUAGCUUGGCUCGAAUCAGCAUCAGCCAACUCCGAUGCAUCGAAGCAUUCUGGAGAUGACAUCAAAUCCGUGCACUCUGUCGGCACAAUCUCGUCAGCGGGCUCGAAUUCAUCGCUGUUGAGUCGACAUACAAUACCUGGAGCUUCAGAUGUAGAGGAGUAUUCCUUGACAUUGCUUAAGUACAAAAAAUACUAUACCGAGGUGCCGUUGGGGAGAUGCUUGGAUGGCCAUGGACAAGAUGAUGCGCCAAUUGAAACUGCAUCCACUGAGGUUAGUCUACAGCAGCAAUUCCACGACUCUAGUUCCGCCUACGGCAUGUGUUCAGCUUCGGAUCAACAGCUAUCUGAGUAUUUGAAACCAAGCUAUGAGGGGGACUCGGCGCUGAUGGACAAUAUACAGCCAAACUCUGCGAAGAAAGAUGGUUAUGAUUCAGAGGAACAUCUUUUCCAUCGAGAUCCUGAAGAGGUGCUGUCAUUUUAG